AGCAGCAUUUUAUCCAGGUCUCGCAGCCAUCGCUUGCUCAUCCCAUACACCGUCUUUCUACUCAGGACCUUUCUCCCUCAGUCAUCAGCACCAAAUAGCCUGAACUCCUCUGCUUAACCACAAUAGGCGCUAAUUACAGCAAGAUUUCCAGCCUCUUCAUUCUCGCUCGCCCCAGCUUCGCUUUUCUUCACGUUCUCUUCUAGAUGGAUCGGAGAUUGGACUCCACGCCGUCUCUCAAGGGGUGGGCUGACCCCAUGUUCUCCGCUCCUCCCGCAACACCGUCGCCGAAAGAAGCCGGCGCGCAGAAGCGUUUGAGGACUCGCGACCUCCCUGGCUCGCCCUGCGCUUCCCUCGCUCGGCGCGCAGCGUCUUCCCCAAUGCGCAACGCCAAGCGUGCACAAGAGAGCGCCUCCAGCGGUGGCGCCAAGCGCAUGCCCACCCUCCGCGUUCUCCGCCACAACUCCCUUCCUGCGCCCUCCGACAUUGAUCUCCCCGCGGCCCUCGAACUCCCCGCGCCCGCCAUCCCGACGUUCUCCACCCCUUCCCCGUACCAUGCGGCAACAUUCGAGUCGCAGCGACCGCGUCACGUGCGACGAUGCUCCGUCAGCCGCUGUGCGAUGCCCAGCGACGCAGCGUUAGACGCGCUCGACUCGUUCCUCCUCCCGCCUCCAGCUCUUCCGCUUUCCGCCUUCGUUCCGCCUUCCCCGCCCCUCUCCGCCUACCGCGCAACGCCCGUUACAACGAGGACUGGCGGAGAGGAGAGGGAGCAAACCGGCGCUUGCGUGAAGGAUACGCCAGCCGCUACUCGCAGAUCGCUGCUUGACCUGGGGACCAAUCAGAGAACGACACAUAGCCCUCGGAAAAGCGAUCCCAUGUUUGAGAUCCGCCAACGAAGCAGCUGCCUCUCCCCCACUGCGCGGACCACCGGGAAUGUCACUCUCGCCGGUUGUAGCACGGCAACCAGCGGGGCUCCUGUUGCGACAUGGCAGCUUCCCAGGCGCGUGAAUGGUUCUCGCAUGUGCUCCCCGAUCCGCGCUCCCCGUCGGAUGGUUCUGCUUAGCUCUGCUACUUGACGCUGACGGUUUUCUUAUUUCUCGUAGCUUGACAGGUGGUUGUUGAUUGACUCGGGUCUUAGUUGCCUUGUGUUUUUGUAGAUUGGAUGGUGCUGGUUGCAGGAGUGUGUGCAUCAUCCGGCAAGCCAAUGCUGGAUGAUGUACUGCACUCUCACGCCUACAUUAUUGCUAACUGCGAUGCGUUAGCUGUGUAAAUGAUUAUAUAUUGAUGAAGUGGUACAUCACU